CUGCUGUCUCGAUCCGGUGCACGAUAAAAGCAAAGCCAAGUCACUUCUUCCCCAACUUAUCUCUGGCUCUCUCUCUCUCUCUCUCUCUCUCUCUCUCGCCCACUUCACGCGGCGGCGGAGGCGGCCGGAUUUUACCUCGUAGCGGCGGCGAAAGGCGACGAGGAGGGAAUAUGGACCCCCUUUUAUGAUCCCCUGGCUUUGUUCUCGAUCUGCGUUUCCCCUUUGCAUUUGGAUCUGGAUUCCUUGUGUGAGCACGCAGUACUCACCUUCUAGCUUUUCCCACUCGGAUGUGGAAAGUUGGGGCCCAGUAUAUCGCUGCCUGCAGGAAUGCUGCAUUCCGUGUGGGUCGUUUUGACCUUCAGUUCUGCUUUCUGGGCUUAAAGUUUGAGAAUUUCGCCAAGCUUUUUCUCCCUUCCUCUGGGUUGCUGGAAUAGUGGGGGUGAUUGAUUGAUGCGCACUGUUGAACCAGUUUUCUGUUCCGUUUAUUCUUCGUCUCGCAGUUGUUGGAGGGAUGAUUUUUCGUGAUUCUCCGUAAUGUGUCGGUAAACGUUGGGUUCGGGUCGCUGUUCGAAGUGUGUUCGUAGCGAUUCUCCUGGAAUCCGUGCGCGAUGCGUUUCCCUUGGAACUAUGCUUGCCUUUUUUAUUGCAACUUUUUCACAAGAAAACUACUUGACCGAUAAAGUUCGGUACGAUAAUUUGGCCUUGUGUUUUUUCAGAAAUCUUUAUUGUUUCCCCCGUAUUAUAUCAUCCUCCAGGGUUGUGGCUCGAUCAAGUUUUUGUUUUUGUUUUUGUUUUCCUAAGCGAUGUCACUUCUUUGGCAACAAAGUUUUUGCAGAAUCCUUGAUUGUAUCUACCUCACUGCCUUAAGUGCCUGCUUUUAUUUCGUUCUUUCCGCUUUUUAGUUCCUUAUUUUAUUCUAUUUUUUUCCUUUGUGGUCUUGCUGCCUGAUGAUUAGCUUUUAGUCUCAAGAAACAAUCUUGCAAACUUUUCAUAUUUGUUUAAUCCUCAGGAAACCCAAUGAACGUCUUCCAGAGCUCGUGGGAGCUACAGAAUCCGGAAUCUUUUUCAGGAUGCAUGAGAAAGAUGAUUAGCAUGCUUAACUUGAGCGCCGGCAUGGCCAGAUCCAGACUUCUUACUGAGAGGCCACAUCAAGCGUGUAUGCAAGUUUGAUCACAGUGCACUUGGGUUCUUUUCUCUGUCUAAGACUGUAUGUUUAUCCAUAGAUGUACAUAUUUGCUAAAUUUAUUAGCGACUCCUCCCUCGCGUCUUCUAAGCUGCUAAAGGUGUUUCCAAUGUGAUAAAGAGGUCAAUAUAUCCUGUCGCGGAGGAUACGGGGAAACAAAGAAGAAGUGAACAAAGGAGUCGCUUUCUCAACAAAAUAUCAGGCAGAACUCAGGUUAAAAUGCUCAUAUCACAGGAAAUGUGUGGUGAUACAGGGUCUAGAGAGAAGCCACCAAGUGUGAUUGCAAGAUUAAUGGGUCUUGAUUCUAUACCAGUGCAGAAAUCAGAGACGAGCAGGGGUAAAGUAAAAGGCAAUAGCAAUGCUUUGACUGGUGAGUUAACACAAUGCCAAUGGCAGGAGGGAAACUAUGUUGGAAAACCCAAUGAUGAGGAUAUAGAUGCAUAUGAAGUAGAAACACCAAGAAAGGAUAUUUGGAUUGAAGAGCAAUCUCUGCAGAAGGUAAGAGUUGAUGAGAAUUCAAAUCAAAGAAGAAUGGUUCUUGUUCGGGAGAAGUUUCUAGAAGCCAAACGUUUGGCCACUGAUGGUAAGCUUGUGGAUUCUCAGGAAUUCCAAGAUGCAGUUGAGGUUCUGAACUCAAACAGAGAUUUAUUUAUUAAAUUUCUAGAAGAAUCAAACUCAGUGCUCACAAAAAAAGUCUUGAAGCAACAGGAUCUCUCUCUACCUUCUCAGACAACUCUUAUAACUGUGCUGAAACCUUCCAAUACCAGGGACAGUAAAGGAAACCAGCUCAUUGAAAACCAGCUUUUAUCUGAUUCUAAUGGAAGUAUAGGAAAGAGAAAUAGGCAUUAUUGGAGCACUGGUUCCUGUGAGCCAAUGCAAGAUGCUUUAUCUCAAGGAACAAGAAUAGUUGUUCUAAAGCCCAUCCCAGGGAAACCCUUUGACACAAAGACCAUACUUCCUAGCAAUUUACCAAUAUUGCUAGAUACACAUAGCUCUAAUGGAGAUCUGAUCAUUUCUGAUGAAUUGGCAAAUUCAAGAAAAGCACUUGAGGAAGUAAGUGAGGAUGAGGAAGGAACCUUGUGUAGCAACACAAAAUAUGAAGCCUUGUCUUCCUCUGUUUUGUCAAAUGGAUACAUUGGUGAUGAGAGUUCAUUCAAUAGGUCAGAUUGUGCGUAUUUGGAAGAUGAGAUUGGCAGUAGAAGUCAGUCUGAUGUUGCAACUUCAGCCAUAGAGUGUUGGGAUUACAUCAAUAAAAUUGGUAGUCCACUGUCAACCUCAUCCUCUAAUCAAACAUCACAUUCUCCUGAAUCAUCAGUAAUUAUAGAAGCCAAGAAAGGGUUUUCAGAGAGGCUAGCUGCAGUAGAAUCCAAUGUUAAUUUUCAAGAAGCAAGGCAUUUGAAAACCAACAGCACCUUAGGGGAGAUGUUUGCCAUUCCUGAGUCAAUGAAAGAAGGUAACAAUGAAGACCUUCCUCAUUCCACUGAAUCAUUUGACGCAGAAGAUGCCUUGAAUGCACCUUCAGGAUUGCUGCCUUCAUUUGGGAUCAAUGACAAACAUCCUGAGGAAAAUUCCCAGCAGAACUUGUUGAGAUUUAAGCUUCUCCCAGUUUCUACUUUAGCUCAUAGAAUUCAUGAGUUUAAUGUUGGGACCUCUGGUUCCUCAAUGACGAAACCCAUUGUUCAAGCAGUGGUUCCCAAGUCAAAUAACAGGAAAUUAUCAUUCAAGGGUAUGGUCUCAAGUUUUUUCUUCCCUAGAAGCAAAAGACCUAGCAGAGACAAACCUUCUAGAGCUGCGUCUGUUUCUGAUGUUUUAUCAUCCUUCAAUGAUACUUUUGUACCACGGAUUGACGGUGGUACUCCUAAUGAAUCAUAUGACAGAUCAACUGAAAUGUUGAUGCUUCCAAUGGGUGUUUCCAAGGAAAAAUCUGGAACAUGUGGAAUCCUUACUGAAUACCAGGAUAAGUCUGUCCAUAAUUCAGCUUCAGAAGACAUGUUACUAUAUGAUGCCUAUGAUAGUUUGUCUGAGUCUUCAGGACCGAUGGCCGUUGCUGGAUGCCCAUCAGCAGUGUCUAGGUCUCCACUAAUCAAAUCUGUUGUUCGCUCGUUAUCACGUUGCACCUUUCACUUGGACUCGGAAUCAACAAAAUUGUCAAACCCUUUUAUGGUCUUCAUGAAGGCAGAUGAAGAGUAUGAACAAUUUGCAUUUCUCCAGAAACUGCUAUCUUCCUCUGGAAUCAACAACAAUAACCAAAUGGUUUAUGGCGGGUGGUAUUCGCUAGAUUGUCCUUUGAAUCCGUCUCUACUGUCUGAGUCCCUGCACAUGGAAGACGGAGAAGAUAAAUGCCAAGAGAUGUGCUCAAGCAAAAGGCUGUUGUUCGAUUCCAUAAACACGGCAUUGUUGGACAUCGGGCAGCUCGUAUUAUUUACCACCACCUAUCCGUGGAACCAAGGACGGGUUCACGGACCUUGGAAAGACAGUAAAGGAGAUGCCACAGUGGCGGAGCAAGUCUGGGCAAUUGUUAAAAAAGGGUUAGCAGGUGACAAGUGGGUACCAAAGGAUCCCUGCAGCGGUAGCAACAUGGUAGAUGGGUUGGUGAAGGAAGAGGUGGCAGGAAGGCAAUGGGAUGAAACAAGGUGGUUGGAAGUGUGUGAAUUCAGCAAGGAGAUUGGUGGGAAGGUGUUGGAGGAGUUGGUCGAAGAGUCUCUGUCUGAAUUAUCCCCUCAUUGACCUAUCCAGGGUAUCUCGUUCCACAUUUUCUUGUGUAUUCUUUUCAGUGGCAUCCACUAUUGAAGGUUGCUAUUCUCUUUGUCCUUGACAGGGUACUACUGUAUUCCCUCAAUCCAACCCGAACCCCAACCUGUAAUGUGUGUGCAUUAUUUGAUACUUGGUGCUAAUUCAUUAAUUAGAGCUCUGUUUUUUUUUCUUCUA